GCUUCGAGCUCCUGGCCUCACGCUCAUCCUUACUUUCUAACGGACACUGGAUCUUGCACUGCCCUCAGUGUAUGUGAGGCUGUGGGAAGAAGAACAGGGUCUGAGUCAGCUUGAGAAUAUGCCGUUGCUCUCUUCCCUUUCCACCAUGGACCCCACACUGUGGCCUUUCUUUCAGAUCCUCUGAGAUUGGUACCCAGGCAAGGCACGAUGCCCUUGUUCCGGACAAGACUGCCUAGCCCCUACAGCUCUGAUCGGCUGGUACGGCUAGCAGCCAGGCUCCGGCCAGCAUUAUGUGAUACCCUGAUCACUGUGGGGAGCCAGGAAUUCCCUGCCCACAGCCUGGUGCUGGCAGGUGCGAGCCAGCAGCUGGGCCGUAGGGGCCGCUGGGCUCUGGUGAAAGGCAUCAGCCCUUCUACCUUUGCCCAGCUUCUGUACUUUGUUUAUGGGGAGACUGUAGAGCUGCAGCCGGGGGAACUGGGGCCCCUUGAGGAAGCGGCCAGGGCCUUGGGGGUGCAGUCCCUGGAAGACGCAUGCAGGAGGGCUCGAUGGGAUGGGGUUAGAGAGCUGGGUCCAGGGCUGAGGGAACAUCAGGAGGAGCCAGAGAAACCCACAAGGGAUUCUGAAAGAGGACUGGGGGGACAUGGAGAGCAGAGACCAGAAAAAUGUGUUAGUGCUCGUAGAAUAGAAUGGGAGACACUGCAUGAGCAAAGGCCACCAAGAGAGAGCCCUGAGAGAGCAGAACCACUGCAGGAGAGUGAAGGGGAGGAGAUGAGAUCAAAGGAGAAACUCAAGCAAUCCCCUCUUGGCCAUGGGGGAAUAGAUGGAAAGCAAGAAGUGAUUAUGUGGGUGACAGAGAGCCCAGGGAGUUCUGAUGAAAGACUUCGGGAGUUCCCUGGCCCCCUUCCCCCACCAGGCUCCCUCCAAAACAGCGUCAUUCCUAGGCCCUGGUGGGCUGAGACCCCUUGGUUCAGGGAGGGCCAGCCUGCCCUGUGGAGCAUCCUGCUGUUGCCACCCAGAUAUGGCACUCCCUUCUCUCAUAGCACCCCCAUCACUGGAGCCUGGCAGGAGGUCUGGCCUCAGGACCAGAGGAUCCCACUGUCCCUGAACCCUGAGAAAGGUCUCUGGAACCACAGCCAGUUGGCCUCCUCCAGUCCUGCCCCAGGUUCCCUCCCCCAGGGCUCCGAAAAGCUCAGCCCUGGGGACAUGGAAGACUGUAAUCAGAAGCACACAGGUGCACUUGCAACCUGUGUGAGUCAGGUGAGCACAGCAGGCCCGCCUCGCCAACAACCUCCCCCACCCCCUCCUGCUCGGUCUCGGCCCUAUUCUUGUUCUGUCUGUGGAAAGAGGUUCACACUCAAGCAUCAGAUGGAGACACACUACCGAGUCCACACAGGAGAGAAGCCCUUUUCCUGCAGCCUAUGUCCCCAGCGCUCCCGGGACUUCUCAGCCAUGACCAAACACCUGCGGACGCAUGGGGUCGCACCCUACCGCUGCCCUCUGUGCCGGGCGGGCUGCCCCAGCCUAGCCUCCAUGCAGGCGCACAUGCGCGGCCACUCGCCCAGCCAGCUCCCACCUGGAUGGACCAUUCGCUCCACAUUCCUCUACUCCUCCUCUUCAAGGCCAUCCCGGGCCUCGACUUCUCCCUGUAGAUCCCCUUCCUCCACCACCUGACGGUGUCGGUACCUUCUCUGGCUUCAUCCAACAAUAAAAUUAAAUAAUGAAAGACGGGC